ACCCCACCAAGACAUCCGCGUGACGGCGUGAGACACCAGACCACCACCUCUCUCUCCAUUCGUAUUCCCCUCUCCCGUCGCCGGCGACCUCUCCGUCUCCGGCGGCGUCCCCUGUCGCGGCAUCCCCCUCACCAUUUUCUCGAUCGGUAGAUAUCUCGGACCAUCGUAUCCCGUCCCCCCUGCCCACAGUCCAGACCCACCUGCCCUCCCUCUUCGCUCUGCGCACACACCCUAGCCGCUAGUGUUUUUCCCUUUGGCGAACAACCAGCGGGCAACAGAAGCGCGCCGCGACCGGGUGCUCGCGCCCCAGAUCCAGCGAUCCGCGUGACGUCGCGGCGGCCAUGGACGACUUCCAGGGCCUCCUGGCCCGCGACUUCGGGCUCCGCCCUCAGGGGAAAGCCGCGCCCAUGUCGGCCGCCCGCUCGACCGCGGCUUCAUCCGGAUCCGCCUGGACCAACCCCAGAUCCGCCGCAGCCGCCGCGCCGUCCGUCCCCUCCUACGACGACCUCUUCGGGGCCCCGCCCUCCGCGCCGCCUCCCAAGUCCACGCCGUCGCCCUCCAUCGACUCCAUCUUCGACUCCUUCAAGGAGCCCUCUGCUGCCUCCGCCGCGCCGUCCCAGCCCAAGCACUCGUCCAUGCCCGUGUUCGACAAGCCGGUCUACGAUGAUGACAUCUUUGACGGGGUCCCCGGGGUGAAGAGCAGCUCCUCGGCGAGGUAUGACAGCGUGUUUGCGGCGGACCAUGCACUGCCCCCUGCAUUUGACGACCUGCUCGGUGGAUUCGGAAGGAAGGCGGAGGGGAGGGAGGCGCCAGAGGAAUAUAGGAAACCCGCGCCAGCAGCGGCAUCAACUGGGUUUGAUGAUUUGUUCGCUGGGUUUGGUGGGAGCAACCCUGUGCCGCGAAGGGAAAAUGCUGUUGGUAAUGAAAAGAAGGUAUCCAUGUCAACAUCUAAGCCCGCAAGUGACCCUUUUGUUGUUCUUGAAACAACUUCUACUUCAGCCCAUCCAUCCUCUGGGGUAUUUACCGACCCCUUGGAUGAAUUUGAUGGGCAUCCAAAAUCUCAAGUGAAAAAUUGUGGUAAUACUGCUGUUGAAAGUGGUAUAUUUGAAGAUUCUAGCACAUUCAAUCAGGUUCCAAAAUCAGAACCUUUGUUUACCUCAAAUGUGAAUGAUGGCCCAAAAGGUAGCAAUGGCUCAACCAAGGCCCGAGACUCAAGCCCUGUACAAAGUUUUCCCAAAAGAAACUCAGCCCAACAACCUUCUGUGGAGGACUUUGAAAAUAUUUUUUCUAAGUCACAGUCUGCACAAUAUUCUGAUGUUCAUGUUGAUGUUAGCGCCCCAGUUUCAGAGAAACACAGUGGGAAUGGUGUGGCUGACCAGUCACCAAGAUCUGAUGAGUCUGAAGAUGAGAUAUGGCUUACAGUUUCUGAGAUUCCCCUGUUCACACAGCCAACGAGUGCCCCGCCACCUUCGAGACCACCACCAUCUCUUGCAGUUAAGAAAAAUCCACAUGGAUCAAAAGCAAAAAGAAGGGAUGAGGAUUAUCUACGGCAGUCUAGCCAAAACUAUAACCAUAACAGAAGUUCGUUGAGGCAAGCUGGCAGUUCUUCGAUAGAUGAAUUAGAAGAUUUUGCCAUGGGAAAACCUCAAAAGUCCUAUGACAACGGAAACCCCUUUAACGAGGAAGAAUUUGAGCGAAGUUCAUCAGCGGCAGCAUCUGCAGCUGCUAUGAAGGAAGCCAUGGAUAAAGCUGAGGCAAAGUUCAAGCAUGCCAAGGAAGUACGAGAGAGAGAACGCGAUGCAAAGCUUAGAAAUAGAGAACAGCAGGAACAGGAUGAUGAAGCAAGGUCGUAUGCACAGGACCAGGAAGAGAGAGAAAGGCUGGAGAAAAUAGAACAGGAGAGAGAAAUAAGACAGCAGGAGGAAAAGGAGAGAGAACAAAGAAGACUUGAAGAAGAGAGGGAACUUGAGCAACAGAGAGAAAGAGGGAGGGGUAGGCAAGCUGUGGAGAGGGCUACAAAGGAGGCACGGGAAAGAGCAGCUACUGAAGCUCGUGCAAAAGCAGAGAGGGAAGCACGCCAGCGUGCUGAGCGAGCUGCUGUGCAAAGAGCUCAACAGGAAGCACGCGAGAGGGCUGCAGUGGGUGCUAGGGACCGAGCUGAGAGGGCUGCUGCUGAAGCAAAGGAGAGGGCUGCUACUGAAGCCAGGGAGAAAACUGCUACUCAAACCAGGGAGCGGGCUACAGCAGAAAGAGCUGCUGUCGAGAGAGCUCAACAAGAUGCAAGGAGAAGAGCUGAACGAGCAGCAGUGGAGAGGGCUGCUGCUGAGGUUCGAGAAAGGCAAGCUGCCGAGGCUCGAGAGAGGCAGGCUGCAGCGGCGGCGGCGGCGGCAAGAGAAAAGCAGAGUAAACCUGAUGAUCUUGAGUCGUUCUUUGGUAUGGGCGCCCGUGCCAACAGUGCACCGAAGCAAAGGGCUCCAGUUGUGGAUCCUUUGUUUGAUUCUCAAACUCAAAGUAGAGGGACAGCAACUUCUUCUUCAGCAUCUAUGCGAAAGGCAUCAUCAACAACAAAUAUUACAGAUGACCUAUCUGCAAUAUUUGGAGGAGCUCCCAUGUCAUCUGAUGAAUUUCAAGGAGUUGAAGGAGAGAGUGAAGAAAGAAGGCGUGCUAGGCUUGAGCGGCAUCAACGGACACGUGAACGAGCGGCAAAAGCUCUGGCUGAGAAGAAUGAGCGGGAUAUGAAUGUUCAAAGAGAGCAGGCAGAAAGAGAUAGAAUUUCUGAUACACUGGACUUUGAGAUUAAGCGAUGGGCUGCCGGAAAAGAAGGCAAUUUGCGGGCAUUACUAUCAACUUUACAAUAUGUACUUUGGCCAGAAUGUGGAUGGCAGCCUGUAUCCCUGACUGAUCUGAUUACUGCGGCUGCGGUUAAAAAGGUAUACAGAAAGGCAACAUUGUGCAUUCAUCCUGAUAAGGUGCAGCAAAAGGGUGCAAAUCUACAGCAGAAAUAUAUUGCUGAGAAGGUUUUUGAUCUCCUCAAGGAGGCGUGGAACAAAUUCAACUCUGAAGAGCUCUUCUAGAACAUGCUAGAAGAACAAGCAUAUUGUGCACUCAUCUUUGCCCGCAUGAGGUACUCGAGGAGAAUGAACAUAUUGUCUAUCCCCGCCUCUUCACCUGAUUGACUGUAUGAGGCACUCAAGGAGAAAUGUCCAAGCUGGAGCGCGCCAGAUCAGGGGAAGCCAUGAUAGUGCUGAAGUGAAAGCUCCACCAUAAUUACCAUUGUCUUGUUCGUUUAUUACUCCAUCCAUCUUCCUUUUACCUUGUGUAUGUGUUGAUUCAAUGACAAUUCACAGCUACAUGCCGGCAGGACCUUCAACCAGCAGGUGUAUAUUAGCGUUCUUUUUUGCUAGGUUGAUCAUCAUGGGUUUGUGUGUAGCAGCGGGAAUGGAGUCAGUGUUGUGAUUUUUGGGAUAGGUGCGCCGUUUUGUUUCAACCAUGGAGAGCCGAUGUUACAUGGAUCAUGGAUUUCACAUGUUUGAUUCCAUGGGUACUGUAGUAAGUUAUGAUGUUUAUAGGGAACUUUUGGAAUACCCAUUGGAGCCGUGCCUGCUGAUUAACUCCUGUGAUUUUGUAUAAAAGUAAUCUGGAAUUUUGGUUAGCUGAUUC